CUGCGCGACGCCGGCGGCGGCUCCAUCGUCAACAUAUCGUCUCUCGCCGGGCUUGUCGGCAGCAGGAACGGCAUCCCCGCCUACCAGGCGAGCAAGGGCGCCGUCCGCCUCCUCACCAAGUCCACCGCCAUCCAGCACGCGAGCGAAAACAUCCGCUGCAACUCCGUCCACCCCGGCAUGAUCAUCACCGCCAUGACCGACGAGAUUCUCGCCGUCCCGGAGAUGCAGCAUACUACGACGACAACAUCCCGCUCGGCAGGCUCGGCACCGUGGACGACAUCGCCAACGGCGUCCUCUUCCUCGCCUCCGACGACUCCUCAUUCGUCACCGGCAGCGAGACUAGUCAUAGACGGCGGCCUAUACGCCCAAUAA